CGCGCGACCCCCAGCCCUGCCCCUGACGGUGCUGCUGUGAUUGUGGCUGCGGCAGCAGUUUCUGAGUGGGGGAAUGUCUCUGUUCCAGGGGCCGGUUGUGCAUUUCACUGAGGGGCAGUGGGCUGUGCUGGACCUCAGCCAGUGACCCUCGACAGGGAUGUCGGGCAGGAGAAUUGUGAGGCCGUGACCUUGCUGGUUAAGGAUUCCAGUCCCCGCUGUCACACCCAGGGCAGCUUCUGCUCCGGGUUCUUUCUGGGUCCUUCAGAUUUCAGCUCCAUUGCCCCUUGAGCCCCCGUGUGAGCGACUGUCCCCUCCACACCCCCACCCAUGGGAGAGGAGAUUUGGAGACAUAGUGGAGAGGCUACGGGCUUCAUCUCCAUCCCCAGAGCUUCCAAGGGAGAGGAUGGAGGUACCUCGCUGCAUCUUUACAUGUGGGCGUGCAGUGACAGAGAGAUUUUGCGUGUCCCUCCCUUGCCAGGACUGUCCUUGAUCUCAGAGAGGGCUCUGGUCUCAGCAGGGCUAGAAAGGGGGAUGAAGUUGCGCAACUACACUGUGACUGAGUCAUAAAAUUCCCCAGUGCAUGAAAACCCCUGAAUCUCCUGCAGGGGGCACCACACGCCUCCCAGGAACCACCUGACCGCCCCAGAGGGCCUUCAGGAACAUUUCCUCCUCCGUUUGGCUUAUACGAAGGCACCCACCCCGCAUCAACUCUGUCUCGCAAUGACUAAAUUGUUAGCUCUUUGGGGCAGGGGUCAACUACUGCUCUGUGUUUGAGGCCCCACUCUUGCCUGGCCCUUUGGCACAAAGUAACAAACAUGAAUAAUGAUAAUAAUAAACCCUUGGGCUCACCUAUUUUACUUCCUCUGAGCAGGUCUUCCAGUUUUCAGUCCUGACAUGAUCUCCCGGCUGGAACAAGGAGAAGAGCCGUGUCCUGGAUCUCCCAAGGCUCUGAGGAAAGAAGGACCCUGAGAAAUGUUCAUACAGUCCCCUUUCUGAGGUUGCCUCUUCCCUGGCACAGGGGAUGACUCCUGUCUGGAUACUCCCUCUAUCCCGGCAGGUGAUGGGAUGGUGAGUGAAAACGAGGAGACGAAUCCUAAGCAGGAAAUCCUCGAGCAAGUGGAACUACAUGGGACGGCACCGGGACCAUCCAAAGGGAACAUUUCCCUCAGGGGCGAGCAGAGAGCAGCCUUCAAGGGUCGGUGCGGGCCAGAGAGGCAGCAGGGAACCCCCCAAUGAAGAGACGGGGUACCUCCACUCAGAGAGGUUUGAAGGACCGCAGUGAAACCAUGCUCCAGCUUAGAACCCGCACUAAAGAGAAACCGUAUGAAUGUCCUGAGUGCGGGAGGAGCUUCACUCGCAACUCACACCUUAUUGUGCAUCACAGGAUCCACACGGGAGAGAGGCCCUACGACUGCCUGGACUGUGGGAAGGGGUUCACUCAGGGUGCCGACCUGACAAAGCACCAGAGAACCCACACAGGAGAGAGACCCUAUGGCUGCCCCGACUGUGGGAAACAGUUUGCCACUUUCUCCUCUAUUAUUUCACACCGGAGACUGCACACGGGAGAGAGACCCUACAAAUGUCCCGAGUGUGGGAAAAGCUUCACUGCCAGCUCCAACCUUAUUGUGCACCAGAGAACCCACACUGGGCAGAGGCCCUGGACAUGCCCCAACUGUGAGAAAAGCUUCAGCGUGAGCUCCAAUCUUAUUGCCCACCAGAGGAUCCACACGGGAGAGAGACCCUAUAAAUGCCCCAAGUGUGGGAAGGGGUUCACUCGGAGCUCCCACCUUGUUUCCCACCAAAGAAUCCACACGGGAGAGAGACCCUAUGAAUGCCUGGACUGUGGGAAGAGCUUCAGUGAGGGCUCAGACCUUACUAAGCACAAGAGGAUUCACACGGGAGAAAGACCCUAUAAAUGCCCUGAGUGUGGAGAAAGCUUCAGCCAGAGCUCCAGCCUGAUUAAACACCAGAGAGUCCACACCAGGAAACCCGCCCUAUAACUGCCCUGAGUGCGGGAUAAGUUUCCUGCUGAGCUCCACCCUUAUUGCUCAUCAGAGAAUCCACACAAGGGAGACUCUAUAAAUGUCCGUUCUGUGGGGAAGGCUGCAAGUGGAAGGUCUCUCUAAUGUCCCACUAGACAUGCCACAGAGAAGGUGGCAGGAGCUCUCCCUGAAUGUAAUGAUUCUGUGCCCUGCUGACGCAACUUACAAACGUGCUUCGUUUCAGGAUGGUCUAGGUAGAGGGGGGCCAGGCGAGUGGAUAUUUUGGGUUUCAGUGUGGCCGGAGGAGGGAGCACUGGGUACUGGGGAGAAGGGUCAUUUCAAGGUCUGGAGGGAGCAGGUGUUUAAAUUAGUGAGGAGACAUUUCUGCAGGGUUACACACACUUGCCAGGUCAGAGAAGAGGUGAAGAUGCCCCAUUGCACUUUGUGUCCAUGUUGUCUCUGCAGCUCCCAAGGCCUCUCAGGGUGGGGGUGAGGGCAGGGGAAGGUUUUAUUAUUAAUUAUUAGUGUUAUCACAGUGCCCUAACCAUGGCCCAGGAUCCCUCUGUACCAGGCACUGUGCAAACAUGGAAUGAAAAGCCAGUCCCUGCCCCAAAGAGUUUACAAUCUAAGUGGAGAGACAGUAGCAUGCUCAACAUACCAGCACCCUAACCACUGUCAGGUUUUUUUGCAGGCCACACAGCAAAGGAGAGUUUUAAGUUUUUCAGGGAAAGAGUGGGGGGCCCUGCGGGGCCAUAGUAUAAAGCAACAAGAGCUGCUGAUCUGAAGUGAGAGGAUGGACUCUGUAAAUGCAGGGGCUGGGGCUGGAGACUGGGGAAUUCAUGGGGGAGAUUCCCAGAGAGAUGGGGGAUUGCCCUGUUCUUGAGAGGACAAUAUGGUGUAGUAGUGAGACCAGGGGGAAUUGGGCCUCAGGAGUCCUGGGUUUAGUUCCUAGCUCCAAGAGGGGAGUGUGAUCUAGUGGUUAGAGCAGCGUGGGGGUGACUGCUGGGCUCAAUAACCAGCUCUGCUAGUGUUACCUCAUCCUAGUCGCUUUCCCUCCUUUCUCUGCGUGUGUCUCUUCCAUCUGUGCAAAGGGGAUAAGUCACACACCAUCCCAGGGAGUCAUCACUAAUUACCGUGUUCAGAGGCUCAGGAGGAUGGAGAUGCCAAGGGAAGGGGUGUGUCAUUGUUACUGUGUUUCAUGAUUAUCUGAUCCUCUCCCAUCCCACUCCAGCUGUCUCAUGAGUGGAGGGCAUUUACUGAGCUGAAGGGAAGGGUUUCAUCUGUUUCUAGGGAGGGGGUCAGCUCACAUUGUCACAUACUGGGCUUAUUCCUGAGCUGCCUGCCCUGGGAGGGCUUUUCGCUUUGUUUCUGGAUGGGGCAGGGGAGAGGUGGAGUCCUGUUUUUUUGGUUUUCUGCAAUAGCUGAGACUGGAUCGAAUGACACAGAAGCCCCCUUCCAGUUCUAU